UGCGCAUGCGUCUGCAAUGCUCUGAGACGUUUUGUGUUAGUGCAUACUUUCGCGUUGUGAGUCGGCAAAAAGGGAAAGCUGCAAAACUUCUUUCAAGAUAGUUCGAUAUUUAAGAAUUUUUCAGAUCGUGAUUCAACAUCGAGCGAUGUUGAGCACAGGAAAAAAGCCAUUUCGCCGGCUGCCCACAGAUGUUCAGCCCUAUCAUUAUAAUAUUGUUUUGUCACCCAAUCUGAAAACUUUUGUCUUCGACGGCAAGGAAGAUGUGCACAUUGACAUAAAAAAAUCCACAGACACAAUUGUUUUAAAUUCGUUGGAUAUUGAUAUAAAAACUGCAUGUUUCAAAGAAGAAAAACAUGGAAAAAUUAUUGGAACAAAACAGAUUGAAGUCUGUGAACCUAAGGAAACAGCUACUUUGGUAUUUAAUGAAAAGUUACCACUGGGCAGAAGUGGAUACCUGAGUUUGGAAUUUGUGGGAGAAAUUAAUGAUAAAAUGAAGGGCUUCUAUAGAAGCAAAUAUGUUGGAACCAAUGGAACUGUUGAACAUGCAGCUGUAACUCAAUUCGAGCCAACAGAUGCUAGACGUUGCUUCCCAUGCUGGGAUGAACCAGCACACAAAGCCACGUUUGAUAUUACUCUAAAUGUACCAUCAGGUCUUACAGCACUUUCCAAUAUGCCUAUUAAAAACAAGGUAGUAAAUGAAUCAACUGAGACUUUAGUAUUUGAGAGGACACCAAUCAUGUCAACAUAUUUAGUAGCAGUGGUAAUUGGUGAAUUCGAUUAUACGGAAGAUACAUCGAGCGACGGUGUACUGGUACGCGUGUACACUCCAAAAUCGAAGAAGGAACAGGGACAAUUCGCGUUAGAGGUCGCAACUAAAGUGUUACCAUAUUACAAAACUUACUUUGGAAUUGCUUACCCGCUCCCAAAAAUUGAUCUUAUCGCAAUCGCCGAUUUCUCAUCCGGAGCUAUGGAAAACUGGGGUCUAGUCACCUACCGUGAAACCUGCCUCUUAGUAGAUCCACAAAAUACAUCCGCUGUUCGAAAACAGUGGAUCGCUUUAGUCGUAGCGCACGAACUGGCGCACCAAUGGUUUGGAAAUCUCGUGACCAUGGAAUGGUGGACCCAUUUGUGGUUGAACGAGGGCUAUGCGUCGUUCGUUGAAUUUUUAUGUGUUGCUCACCUGUUUCCUGAAUACGAUAUUUGGACGCAAUUUGUCACAGACACGUACAUCAGAGCGUUAGAACUGGAUGCUUUGAGGAACAGUCAUCCCAUCGAAGUACAUGUUGGUCAUCCCUCUGAAAUCGAUGAAAUUUUCGAUGACAUCUCUUACAACAAAGGUGCUUGCGUUAUUCGCAUGUUGCACUCUUACAUCGGUGACAAUGAUUUCUGGAAGGGUAUGAACCUGUACCUGAAAAAGCACAGCUACGCCAAUGCGGAAACAGAAGAUCUCUGGGACGCUCUGGAGGAAGCCAGCAACAAAGACGUACGCUCCGUAAUGUCCAGCUGGACUAAGCAACAGGGAUUCCCUGUUGUCAGAGUGCUACAUCGUCAAGAAGGCAACGAUCGAGUUAUAACUCUAACCCAGGAAAGAUUCUUCGCAGAUGGUUCUAUCGAGAUCUUAAACAGUUUGUGGAUCAUACCAAUUACUAUGAGCACAUCGAAGAAUCCGAAGGAGUGUGUACUCAAAGCUCUGUUCGAUGAGAAAACGAAGGAGUUCCGUGUGAAAGAUGUUCCUGCGGACCAUUGGGUGAAAAUCAAUCCCGGAACGAUCGGUUUUUACAGGACUCAUUAUAGUCCAGACGCUCUGCGUCUCUUAUUACCCGCUGUUAAAGAUCAUACAUUACCACCCUUAGAUAGAUUGGGCUUGUUGGACGAUCUGUUUGCCUUGGUACAAGCUGGCCACGCUUCUACCGUAGAAGUACUUAAACUGAUGCAAGCAUUUCAACAGGAGGACAACUACACCGUAUGGUCUAGCAUAGUGAAUAGCUUAGGGAAAAUCGGAGUUCUCGUUUCUCACUUGGACUUCGAGGACUCGUUCAAAGCAUUUGGUCGCAAUCUGAUGCGCGAUAUUACCAACAAACUAGGCUGGAAUCCUAAGCCCAACGAAAGCCAUGUGGACACACUUCUACGAUCCCUUGUAUUAGGUCGCAUGGCAGCAUUGAACGACGAGGACACCAUAGAAGAAGCAAAGAAGAGAUUCGAGUUGCACGUCUCCGGCACCACGCUUCUCUCUGCAGAUCUCCGCAACCCAGUUUAUCGAGCUGUACUCUCUGUCGGCGAUAUUAACACUUACGAGACCAUGUUGAGACUUUAUCGUGAAACAGAUCUUCACGAGGAGAAAGACAGAAUACUGAGAGCUCUAGGAGCGAUCAAAGACGAGACUCUUCUGGCAAAGGUUCUGAACUUCGCCAUGAGCGACGAAGUAAGAGCUCAGGACACGGUCUUCGCCAUCAUGUCUGUGGCGAUGACGUACAAGGGCCGUGUGAUGGCCUGGGACUUCUUCAAGGAGAACUGGAAGACCCUUCUCGAUCGCUACGGUGGCGGUUUCUUGAUUUCGAGACUGGUGAAAUUCACCACGGAGAACUUCGUCACCAAAGAACGGGCCAAAGAUGUGGAGGAAUUUUUCAAGGAUCAUCCAACGCCGGGAACCGAGAGAACGGUCCAACAGAGCAUCGAGUCCAUCAGAGUGAACGUGGAUUGGCUUGCCAGGGAUAAAGACUCUAUCAAGGAAUACCUGACCACUCGCGUUUAUUAGUGACAUAAGUUACUUCUCGCUUUGAGUUCUCGUCUCCACCUUAUUACAGUUUCUGACACAACAGAAAAUCGAAAAAUGCAAUAUCACAUGCCAUUAUGCGAGCGUAUUAAAGAAAACAAGAAAAAAAGGAAAAAAAAAGAAAGAGUUGCUUCGAGUCAAUUUAGGAGAAAAGGAAAAGACAACCAAGAUUCUCAUGUAACACACCGAUAUCUUUCGUAGAGGUUUUUGCGUUUACACAAACACAUACAACGUUUGCUUAAAUGAAUACGCGAUUAUAUACGCAUGUAGCGGUCACUACAAUUCAUGAUAUCCGUGUUACGUUUUCGUCGAUGGCAUUUUUAAAUUGCAGCAUUAUGUACCUAUUUGGCAUUUAUUUUCUCCGUUCCGUGAUACACGGACGCAAUUAUGUUCUCUUCCCCCGAUGAGUACGAUGGCUCAGAUUCCCGCACCGGUGUUUAUCACUUUUGUAUCGUGAGUGAAGUGAGAGAAACCAGAAGAAGAAGAAGAAAAAAGGAAACAAGCGUGUAGCUGCAGAAAUACAUUU